AUGUUAGUUUUAGUAAUAGGAGAUCUUCAUAUUCCACAUCGACGCAACAAGCUUCCCAACAAAUUUAAGAAACUAUUGGUACCUGGGAAAAUUAAGCAUAUCCUAUGUACUGGGAACCUAUGCAACAAGGAAACCUAUGACUACUUGAAAAACCUGGCAAGCGACGUCCAUGUGGUUAAGGGAGACUUUGAUGAGAAUGCUUCUUAUCCCGAUCAAAAAGUAAUCACUGUAGGGCAGUUUCGUAUUGGCUUAUGCCAUGGACAUCAAAUCGUACCCUGGGGUGACAUUGAGAGUUUGGCUUUAGUUCAAAGGCAGCUUGACGUAGACAUUUUAAUUACGGGUCAUACGCACAAGUUUGAGGCAUUCGAGCACGAAAAUAAAUUUUAUAUCAACCCUGGCUCAGCAACAGGAGCAUAUAGUCCUAUAGAAAGCGAUGCUGCACCAUCUUUCGCGUUAAUGGAUAUCCAAUCCGCAACUGUUGUUACGUACGUUUAUCAGCUUCGAGGCGAUGACGUAAAAGUGGAAAAAAUCGAGUUCCGAAAGUAG